UUCUAGAUUCUUAUUCUUCCAAUUGUAUUUUCUGCAACAUUCUCUGGAGUUCUGAUAUAUUUGCCGUAACGCUCUUAAUCGCGAUGCAUUUCCUGUCAUAGGUAAUUUAUAAUGGUACGAACCAAGAAACCGCAGCCCGGAGCUGCAGAACCCGGGCCUAGCUCUAGGAGUUCGCUUCGGAAACGAGUUCACCACGACGAUCACCGUGAGGAUGAAGACCAAAAUCCAGAUACCCCAUCCAAACGGAGCAGCACUCAGAUAAAAUCCAAGACACGUUCCAACGGUACCACAGAUGGCCACCAUUCCGCAUAUGAUUUUCCUUCGGACGAAGAUGAAAUUGGCCAGUCUGUAAAAGAGACACCGAGCAAAAGGAAACGGGCUGAAACGAAUGGUGGACUUUCCACUCCAAAAGGUCGAAAGAAAAGCGAGGCCGACGUAGUAACACCCUCAAAGACAAAUGGCAGUACCAGCGCGCAGACACCAAGGUGGAAACGGAACGAUCGCUCUGCGAGAAAGAAGAGUGCUAGAGCACUGAUCGAGCAAGUAAUAGGUGGAGAUGGGAGUGACGAGGAAGCGGACGAAGAUAUUGCCAGAGAAAUCUACGAGUCAAGUGAUGAGGACGAGGAAGAAGAGGAAGACGAAGAACCCCCCCCUGACGAACCUGCAACCCCAUCUGGAAAACCUCGACGUGGUCGACCGAAGACAAAGCAUACGAAGCGAGCCAGGAAGAAAUCACCAACUCCACCCCGAGACUUACCCCCUCACGAGCUCUAUUUUGCGCAAAAUAGACCUGGCGCCUCGAAGACGUCCGGUAACACUCUAGCAUCCUUAAAACUUCUGACCCAUGACGAAUACUUCUCAAUCCUCCGCGACUACCAGGACCCGCAUGCCGAAGAUAUAGAAUUCCUCGAAUCAAUACACCUCGAGUCUUUCCCGCAGUGGACAUUCGAGUUGUCUCAGGGGUUUAGUGUGUGUCUAUAUGGGUAUGGGUCGAAGAGAGCGCUUCUGCAUAGAUUUGCGAAGCACGUAUAUGACAAAUAUUCAGAUCAUGUUGCUAAUAAGAUUGUUAUUAUCAACGGAUAUGUCCGGACGAGUUCUCUGCGGGAAAUCCUGGGCACCGUCGCGAGCGCUGUAAACCCCGCCCACAAAAUACCGUCUGGAAAUCCUUCAGCUAUGUUAGAUAGCGUGAAAGCUCUACUUUCCUCUCAUGAGGUGGUUGUCACAGUGAUCUUGAACUCUGUUGAUGCUGUUCCUCUACGAAGGGUUGGAAUACAGCCCGUCCUCGCCCAAUUAGCAGCACACCCGAAUAUUCGGCUCAUCUGCUCUGCCGACACGUCGGACUUCUCUCUUCUCUGGGACAGUAGCUUGCGGUCAUCGUUCAAUUUUGUGUUCCACGAUUGCACGACGUUUGCCCCCUUUACGGCAGAGCUCGAAGUUGUCGACGAUGUGCAUGAGCUCCUAGGCCGAAAGGCUAGGCGCGUUGGUGGGAAGGAAGGCGUGACGUAUGUUCUUCGCAGUCUACCAGAGAACGCCAAGAACUUGUUCCGACUACUCGUUGGCGAAGUUCUAGCGAUUAUGGAUGACGAGGGCGGAUCGGACGGGGAGAACCCCGGCGUGGAAUACAGGAUGGUGUAUAACAAGGCGGUGGAGGAAUUUAUAUGCAGUUCGGAGAUGGCUUUCCGGACACUGCUGAAAGAAUUCCACGACCACCAGAUGAUCACAAGUCGCAAGGAUGUUCUAGGUACCGAGCUCUUAAGCGUACCUUUCCAGAAGGAAGAGCUCGAGGCGAUAUUAGAAGACUUAAUGUCAUGAGAAAAGGAUAUACAUAUAGAGGCCAUUACGAUUAUAAGCAAGCAGGCAGGAUAAAGGUAUAUGGUCACCAUAUAAUACGCGUGCACGAGAUACCCUUGGAUAAUUCAGUCGUCCUUAUUUUCAUUUCUAGCCUCGCCUAAUACAGUGUGCUCGCUAGAG